GACCUCGCCAGGCAGACGGGGCUGUCGGCAAUAAGAGUGCGGGAGUGGUUUUCAAACCGCCGGGGGACGUGGCGGCGAGAACAGGCGGCCAGAGCAGACGAGUAACCCUCUCCUUCUGUGGAGAAAUGGGCAGCUCCAGUGGGUGUGAUUCUGGCACUACUUGCCAUCAUUGCAGUUGUUGGCAUUUAUAUUCUUCACAAAAGAAAUAGAGGGUACAUGCUGCUGAACUAGAGCCUCCAAACUUACAAGAUUUUGAAAACCCAUCUGGGAUGAUUACAUUCAGCACAUCAGGAUCAGUUGAUAACCCUCUCUACACAGAAGCUUAAUAAACAGCUGGUGUCCACUUUACACUUGGGCAUGAAAAAAAAGUACUUCAUUUUCUUGCACCACUAGAAAGUAUAAGUCUUUUAAGUGUACGUACCAUACUUGACCCCCACCUCAUUCCCUCACAAGUUCUUCGGUAGUGCUUUAAAUUCUUUUCAACUCCUGCAGCACAUGCGUACACCCACAAUAUACGUCUAGGCAUUCUCCCCACCCGUGAAACACAAACCUAGAGAAUAGUUAGCACAGAUGGUCCCAAGAAAGUCGGACUUGUGCACGCGCUCACACUACAUGCACUAUCGUACCGGAUGUGACCUCCCUUCCGCCAAAAUGGCUGCCUCCUACUGUGGUGACUUCACUGUUGCAAUGAUGGCCGCUCUAUCUCAUGGCUCUUCCGGAUCCUUAGAUGGGCGAUCGAUAGCACAUGCCUAUACUAUUCUUUCCCCCUGUGGUACGUUUAAGUUGGUGUGAUCAAGGUCCAGCGAUGCAAUACCACAAACCACUGGUCUGCGGACUACAUUGGUGCUGUACUGACCGCCAAUGCCAACCUCAAGAAGAACUACAUCCACUUUUUCAAGAACAAGUAUAUAUGAAAGGCUUUAUUGGGAAGUACACUGGAGGAGAUAGCAUGGCAUAAGGCUGGAAUCUUUAAGGCUGGAAUCACAGGUAUUACAGUGCCAGAGACUGACUUGGCUCUAGAUGUGAUCCUGAAGCGCUCUCAGGAGAUUGGGUGUCCCUUAUACGUGGCUGAACCCUUAACUGCAGAAGAUCUGAUGGCUUACAAGUUGCUGCUAGGGAUCGCUGGGGACAGACAGGUGUAUAAUGCAGCAUUAGCUGUUCAUCUUUGCCAGGUGUGGCUGAACAGCAGAAAUCCAGGUCUCAGAGGUCAGAUAUACCACUUGAAAAACCAACCACAAGUGACAUCUAUCUCUAGCAUUCCUCGUUUAAACACAAAUCAGCUUACAAGAGAGAUGAUAACUGGUCUGUCCCAGUGUAGUUGGCCUGGUCGUAAUCAGACAGAUCAGACAGUUCGUAAACCAGGUGUUACUUACUACCUUGAUGGUGCACACACCACUGACAGCAUGCAGGGGCAAAGUAUAUCGUUUCCUUGUCUUCAAUAUGACAGGAGAUCGUCUGUGUCAACAUUACUCGAAUAUUUAAAGGGAUGUGGCUUUAACAGCGCAGCAUUUUGCCCAAACAUUUUGUCUACAACUGCUAGUGAAAACAUUCCUGACCAGAUAAAUCUGACUGUGGAACAAAACACCAUGUUGAAGACAAGUGCACGCAAUCGAAUGACCUGGGAUGAUCUUAUGAGCAACAGACUUUACCCUCGGCUGCCAGUAGUGCAGCCCAGUGCAUUUCAGCCAAUUUUCCCUGCAUAUCCACAGCCCUCAAAUAGGCCACUCUCAACAGAGACAUGUCUUUCUCAAGUAUUGCAGCAGCUGAUUCACGAAACAAAGAUGACUCCAGGUUGAGAGCUAAUGAGAGUGCUGACCAUGUUCAGGUUCUGGUGGCAGGCAGCCUAAACCUCGUGGGGGGUGUUUUGGAGCUUAUCUAUCCAAACUUUAGUGAUGCACAGUGAUAUUUGCCAACACAGUAUUGACACUGCUGAACAUAAUAUUCAUAACGAUCUGCAGAUUCACAAACUUCAGGGGUGUUGUAUCUUAAUUGUUUCACAGAUAUUGGAAGGUGAUUAACAGUAUUGUUUGUUGUCACUAGCCACUUGCUGUACACAUCCAUAUGGCUUAUUGAUUAAGUUUUAAUGUAGUGCACGGCUUCUUCAGUGUUAACCUGUUGCACAAAAAGGAGCAGAACUACACACAAUAGAAAGAUGAUCCUCAUCUCAAUAAAUUUGCAAAUGUAGGAGACUUUAGCACAGGGCUUAUAACAGUAAACAUGAUCAUCUCCAAGUCUAAUGCAGGAUGAAUGUUUCUUAAAAGUAAAAAUCAUUAUGUUGACAAUAGUGACGCCAGCUAAUUGCUUGGAUUUCAGAUUGCUCUUGUAAGUUACUUCCCUUCCCUUACCAAGUUCUUUGUCGCUAACAUGCUUGGUAUGGUAAGCUUAUAAGAUGUGACAAUUUUAAAAACGUCAUCAAAAUUAGCCUGUGAUCAGUGGGUAUUGCCAUCAGCAAUAAACUGCAGCUUCACUGUUGUCAUUGUUGAUUGUAAAUGUGAAAUGUUGUUCCAUCCAGUUUACCUAAAAUGUGGCCUUUGCCUGUCGUUUACUCAGUCUGUGUUGAUAUUCUCCAUUGUCAUUCAUGUCACUGUAUUUACUUGUAUUUAGAUUGUAUUUAGUACAUUCUAUUUACUUUUUAUACUUGAUUUUUCUAGUGCAAAUAUUGUACAAAUCCCCACAACCCUGUUUCUUUAUUGAUAAAAUGGAACAGGUUACAUAAAAGGAUUUCGCACUCUCAUUUUAUUAUUUUGAACUGUGCAUGUUUAUGAAACGUUGCUCAGUAACAGUGUGAAUAACAAAUCUUUUAAAACAAA